AUAAAAUAUAAAACGUUCGCUUUACGUCCGAUUAUAAUUGUGUAUAUUAAUGUUUAUUAAUAUCUGAAUAUUUCCUGCCUUUGCAGGACUAAAAUCUCCGGUUUGUCCCCUCCACGGGUGAACAGUGGUACGCUCCCCACCGUCCAGCAGUCAGAGGAGGCAGGGUCAACAUGGCGUCUGAGCAGGAGAAUUCCAAUGGGCCCGUGAAGAAGUCCAUGCGAGAGAAGGCCAUUGAAAGACGCAACAUCAACAAGGAACACAACAGUAACUUCAAAGCUGGCUAUGUGCCCAUCGAAGAGGAGCGUCUCCAUAAAACAGGGCUGAGAGGACGCAAGGGAAACAUGGCUGUUUGCAUUAUCAUUCUCCUCUUUCUCUUUGCCCUAAUUAACCUCAUUAUUACGCUGGUUAUAUGGACAGUGAUCCGGAUCGGCCCGAGUGGUUGCGACAGCAUGGAGUUCCAUGAGAGUGGCCUGCUGCGCUUCAAGCAGAAAGCUGACAUGGGAAUCGUUCACCCUCUGCACAAGAGCACCGUAGGGGGCCGUAAAGACCAGGACCUGGUCAUUGUUGGAAACAACAAUCCGGUGGUGUUCCAGCAAGGAUCUACGAAGCUCAGUGUGGAGAAGGACAAGACCUCAGUCAUCAGUGAUGUUGGCUUAUCCUUCACGGACCCUCGGACACAGACCACGUUCUUCAGCACAGACUUUGAAAACCAUGAGUUCAAUUUGCCAAAAGGAGUCAAGGUCCUCAGUGUUAAAAAGGCCUCUACUGAAAGGAUCACCAGUAGUGCAGCAUCUGAUCUGAACAUCAAGGGAGACAGCAAGGCAGUCAUCCGUGGCAAUGAAGGAGUGAACAUCAUGGGCAGGACAGUAGAGUUCAAAAUGGGGGGAGACAUCGAGCUCAGGGCUGAAAACAGCAUUGUUCUCAAUGGAUCCGUCAUGUUUAACACCACACGCAUCCCAAACUCUGCAGGAGACGUGUUUUUCAAAGAAGGUCCGAAGAGGUACAAGCUGUGCAUGUGUGAAGAUGGGACUCUGUUCCGAGUGCUGGUGACAUUACCCAACAUGGGCUGCCAGACGUCAGACAACCCAUGCAGAAAAGCUCACUAGCUCUGCUGUUGCAUCCUCCUACAGUCUGACAACGCAGCUCUCAGACAAACCACGUCACAAAUGUGUGUAUUCUGGACUGGGUUUACAUGCAUUACGUUCAUAUAUCUAAUUGGUGAUACUCACUGAUCACUCCACAUACCCAGAUCAGAUGUUUGCCCAACACAAGUAGUGUUACAGCCAAAGACUUUAGUUGAGCUUGAGGACUUAUUGGUCUUAAGAUUUUCCAGCCUUCAUCUAAAAUGUGUGCAUUUUUGUUGCACAAGGCUGAAGAAUAAUUCACCUGUUGGUAGUGAUUAGAAGCUGCUGUUUUUAUUCUUUGCCUUAUAUCCAACUAAUCCACAACUCCUACAGAGACGUUGUACUAGACUUCAUUUGCUUUUUUAUUUACCUGGCAGCUGUAUUUGUAUCCAUAAUGUUAACUGACCCAAGUGAGGCACUACAUAAGUAAUUAUAAUGUCUGAUGCUUUCAAAUGAGCCAAUCUGGCAUACCCUGUAAUUUGUUAGCCAUACAGAAAUGCUGAAGCUGUUUUUUUUCUGUUAAUCUUGAACUGUAUAUUAUGCAUGUGCCAAUGGGUUUAAAGGGAUUAACUAUGGUUAAAAAUUUAAGAAAAAAUUUGCUUGGGGCACCACCUCCAACAUAAAGGGACAAUUCAUUUACAUCAAAGUGGUUUUAAAGAGUAACAAAACCCCAAAAUAACUAUUUUUUUGUUUUUGCUUAUGAACUGUAUAACUAUCUGAGUGCUGCCCCCUGUGGGUUGAACUGUGGCUACUGCAUUUUAAACUUGUGAUUGACUGGGGCUGGAACAUUUUCACUCAUCGGUACAGUCUCCUCCCGCUCCACCUCCCUCCCGAGAUGGAAAUUCCCCACACUUGGCCAUGCAAGUCCAUGCCUCCUGGCAACGCCCACUUUAAUAGAGAGACUGCACACUUUCAGAAAAUGUAACUCCACCCCCUAGUCAAGAUUUGAAAAAUGCCAUGAAAGUGAUUGUUCAGUGAUUGUUAAAGUAGAAACUUUACCAACUUUACAUGGGAGAGCCAUCUGCUGACCAGAAACAGAUUUGUGGAGCAAGUAGGUGCCCUAGGGGGCGCUCUUUUACCUGCUUAACAGCUGUUGGCUAUUUUCUGUGCCGAUAGCUAAUGUAAAGGCUAACAGUUAUCUUUUUCAGUUCACUGACUGACAAUAAAUAAAUAAAAAAAAACACAAGAAGAAAAAAAACAAAGUUUGCUUUAUUGUUGGCAUCAUGGUGGAGCCUGGAAGUAAAAGUCAGAGAAUAAUGUCUUUGGAGGUAAAGUAAAGAGCUAAAACCUGAGUGGACAUCCCCACAGCAUACACUCAUCUGAGGAAGCUAAAGGAGGCAAUAAAAUCACCGACCUAGCUUUGCUUCUACUCGACUUGUAAGUUAUCUUUUUUUAGUCCUACAGUGUGGAUCUUUUUUAUUAAUGGAUUAUUUAAUAUCAGAUGGCUCAUGUUAAUGAUAGCUCAUUGUUAGUGCUAGCUGCUGCAAGGUUUUUUAUGACAUGGGAUGGAGAAGCUAGAUACUGUUUAGUGUUACUUCAAAGACCAAGUUCGCCGAGAAACAUCUACCCCUAUUUCCUGCAUUAGCCACUGAUAGAAAAUCCUGUAGACAAGGUAACUCUUGGAUUAGAAAAGCCAGUGACAGUUGCACGCCACAUUGUCAAAUUAGCAUUCAUGGACUCACUCAUCUUGGCUCCCAGCAGGGAAGGCUGGUGUUGAUUUAGCGUCCAGGAGAGAGAGAGAGCGAGAGAGAGAGCAAAGCACGCCUUGGCUAGUAGAAGCUAACCGUUAGCAUUAGCAACUCCACAACAUAGCAGAACUACUUCAGCCGUGCCUUAUUAGUGGAGAUAAAACAUCCACUUUGCAAAACAAACAAAGAGAGUGUAGAGUUGCAUUGCUUUUACCCAAUCAGAGGUGAGUCCAAAAAUCAGGAAAGACUCUAAAACCUGUCGUCUGAAGCUCUAUUUGGCUCUGGCUCAUUUUCAGCUCCUGUAACAGAAGCAUAUGAGCUUGAUUAAAAAGGCAUUCAUUUAUAGAGACCUGUGCAAAUGUGUUGAAAAGCAAAAACGAGUGAACUUGGUCUUUAAAACACUGAAUUGGUAGUUUAAGAAUAAAUGUUUAUUUAUGAAACAAUUUUUCAACCGAAUGGAAAAUCUUGGAUCAAUAAAUGAGCAAACAUUAAAGAUAAUCUGCAUCGAUAUUAUAAUACAUGAACUGGAAUGAAGUGAAAUAAUUUACGGAAACCAGUGAAAGGUUCCUUUCAGAAUGAGGAACUGAGAAAACCGGGACUAAAACUUCUACUGGGUUUAUUAUCCUCCCUGAACUGCCUACGAGUUCUCCGACAGAAGCUUGAGGAAAGUUGAAGUCCAGCCAGUAAAAACUACUUUGCUCUUGUACUUGGUUUUAACAAGCAAGAGAUGAACGCCGCUGAAAUAAACUCAAAGCUGAUAACUUGAUGCAAGGUCCGUUAUAACCAGUGGUUGAAGCGCUUUCAAAAGUGGAAACUUGUUUAACUUUAUAGGGAGAGGACUGAUUUUUACGAACACCAAAUCCAAAGAUGUUAUAGCGAAGCUUCCUGUUUUCUAAGAGAGCUCAACAACUAAGGCCAAACACAACAAACUAUUACACAACUCUAAACCUCCAUCAUGCUCCCAGAGCUCUGCACAGACUUUUUGUGUUGAGAGGUGGGGAGUGGAUCCACCUGUGAGUGUUUGAGGGAAGGUUCAGACAUCUGUGUUAAAGGGGAGUCUUUUUAAUUUUAUAUGAAGACAUGUAUUUUACAGACUCCAUCCUCAAUUGUCCCCUUUAUACCACAUGUCAACAUGUCAUUAAAUCAACUAUGGUGGCCGGUAUAAUUGUGCAAAGCCUGAAGGAAAUGAUGUUAAUGAGGAACAGAAUAAACACUUGUACUCUGUUAAAAGUGGUCACGCAACAAUAACAAUAAAAUCAUAAGAACACUUGAUUAAAUACUUUAAAACACAUGAAGCUUAUGGGUCAAUAUUACAAUAACAUUAAAGUGCUGAACUCUUGUUUAACCAAUAGAUUUGCAGUGGUCUCUUUCCUGAUAUUUGGAUAUCUCACCUCUGAUUGGCUAACAGCAAUGCAACUCACUGACUCAGUUUACUUUGCAAUGUAAAAUAUCACAAAUAUCACAAGCCUGGAUGUGUUGCCUUGUAAGUCGUCCUCUGGAGAAAAAAAGCUCAGGUGCACCCGUUUCAGCACAGCGAAGUCAGUUGGAGGAGAAAGUGACAGCAGACAGCAAGAUUCGGAGUCUUAUUUCCUGCUAUUUGGAGUCCUUACCUCAGAUUGGCUAACAGCAACGUAACUCUACUACUCAUCCGUUUGUACUAAUAUUUUAUCUUUACAAAUAACACAAGCCCGGAGGAGUUCUUCUGUGUGGUGGAGUUGCUAAUGCUAACAGUUAGUUUCUACUAGCCAUGAUGUACUUUGCUGUUUCCUGCACGCUAAAACAACAUUAAACGAACCAGUGCUCUUCCUGAGGAGUACAACUAACGUGUGAGCUUAUGAGACAUAAAAUCAAAUAUUGAAACUUGGAUCUUAACAAUUUGUUUUGUAACACUAAACUCACCCUCCUGUAAGGGAAGUUAAAAUGGAAAAAUGAAAUGCAUGUAUUUAUUUAUUCACCCAAAAGAAAACUUUGUAGACAGAUUCUGCAUUUUUGUAAUAAAAACAACAAAAACAAAACUUGUGGCACAUCUGGUUUUUUCUUAGAAAACCCUUUGAAAAAGAACAUUAAAGGCAAAUUUAACAGAAAAAAAUGUUUUUUACUUGUUUUUCAUAUAAGAUCAUUCACUCUUCCGUCUUCAAAUGGUGCAAAAUGCAGCAGCACGCCUAAUGACGGGUUCGAGAAAGAGGGAGCACAUCACCCCAAUUUUAGCUUCGCUGCAUUGGCUGCCUGUGGUUUAUAGGGUCCAGUACAAGGUUCUUUUAUUGGCUUUUAGAGCUGUACAUGGCCUUGCUCCGCAGUAUCUGUGUGAGCUUUUAGAUACUUUCUCCCCGUCUCGGUCACUGAGGUCAGCCGACCAGUUUCUCCUGGAGGUGCCGAGAACAAAGAGAAAGCUCAGGGGUGAUAGAGCUUUCUCAGUAGCAGCUCCAAGUUUGUGGAAUGCACUCCCGAUUCAGAUUAGGAUGGUUUCGUCACUGUCGGGUUUUAAAUCACUCUUAAAGACUCAUCUGUUCUCAGUUGCUUUUAAUUCAGUUUGAGAAUGCAUCUGUUUUUAGUAGCUUUUAUGUCAAUUUGAUAUGUUUGUUUUAUCAUGUUUUUACCUUGUGAUGAACUUUUUAUCUUGUUUUUAGAAUUUUUAGGGAACUUCUGUUCUUUUUGUCUUGUUAAGCACUUUGGUCAGCUUUUAUGCUGUUAUAAAGUGCUAUAUAAAUAAAGUUGACUUGACU